AAUAAAUAAAUAUAACCGAAGCAAAUAAACAUAAUACAUAAAGCAUGGAGCCUAUAGACAAAACUGAAAUAAGAAAUAGAGCUGCUAAAAUCCUGCAUACUUUAAAACCUAUAACGAUAUUCGAAAACCUCUAUGGAAUAUUUAAAUUCAAUCUUGUAAAUGGAGUCUUGCGGCCACCCAAUUGGAAAUUGAAAACUGUUGCAGUGAUCUACAUGUCCAUAUUCUGUUAUUUAUAUGUUGUUAAACACUAUAGUGAUCAGUUUGUCGAGAGCACAACAAAAUGGAGUAGAGAGUACAUUAUGAAGCAGGUGCCUGCCUGGUUUGUGCUCAUCCAAUACGUUGUCUCGUGUCUCAAAGCGACCUUCCCAGACAAGUCCAAAUCAGAUAUACACAUCAUAAAAACAUUUGCAGAAUUGGACUGUUUGCUGCAUUUUGAAACUUUAAAUAGAUUUUACGCGAAAUCACGUUCUCGAACAAAUAUACUCGUAUUAUUUCUACUUAUUUAUCAUUUAUUAAAUUUUGUUUUAGACAUUUUCAGUGACUACGAUUACCCGAGAGUAUUUCUCGAAGCUCACAUCUAUUUAGUUCAAAAACUACAAAUUGUUGGCUUUUUUAGACUAAUGUCUAUGGUAACGCAAAGGUUGGACAUCAUUAAUGGGUGUUUGAAUAAAUUUAUCCUCGAACAAGAACGGGCAAAUACGACAGUUUUCAGUAUCACUGAAAGGCAAAAAAGAAUGAAGGACAAGUUUAAUUUUAUUGGACAUCCUUCAGAAAGCAACGUGCAGAUACGAAACUUGGCGUUGAUGUACAACAUUAUUGGGAAGCAAUGCUGCAUGAUCAAUGAACUUCACAACUUUAAAUUCUUCAUGAUUCUCCUGGCUGCGUUUGGUUACGUAGUUGUCACUAUCUGGACGGCACUGUCGUACUACCAGACACAACAAUUUAAUGCUACCGGCAUCGUCAUCAUAGCAAUUUGGUGUUUGAGUACGAUUUGCAAUUUGACGGCUAUGGCAUGGGCUUGUGAAGCAUUGCGUCGAGAACGCAGAAAAACGAAAAUUUCAGUAAAUAUGAUAGUAAUGGACUAUAGUCUGCCGAAAACUAUGAGGGUGCAAGCGAAAGCAUUCAUGGAACUCAUAGAAGCCUGGCCGUUACGUAUCUGCAUCUAUGAUAUAUUCUCUAUAGAUAUUACCUUAUUGUUAAAGUUUAUUAGCGUGUCUACAACCUAUUUAAUUGUCCUUAUUCAAAUAUAUCAUUUAAUUUAG